UGUUAUGUUGUAUUUUUGUCAAAUAACGAUAGUUACAUUGUGUUUGUAAGCUAAUAUACAUUAACAAAAAAGUGAAGAAAUAGGUAAUGUGUUAAUAUUGCAAAUUAGUAAAACUUUUAGAGCCACUGGACACAUUUACUCUGUUUGGGAGCCCCUGUCCUGUGUUCAGCUGUUUGAAAAUGAACAUUUGCCGGCUAUUAUGGCGUAACGACAGAAUACAUAUAUUUAUGAUAACAGAAAAAAUAUAUAACUAAAAAAAUGACUAGAACCAGUGGUUUCGCACAAAGAAUAAUAAAUUUACGGCUUCCUGGGGAACGUCGUUUUUACUCCACUGUAGCCAAUCAACCAUCACGUAGACGAGUUGUGAUAACCGGCACUGGCGCGGUUAGCCCUCUAGCGCAUAAUGUGCCGGAAGCUUGGUCACGUAUCUUAGCUGGCGAAUCUGCCAUCUCAAAGCUAAGUGACCAAUUCAAAGGUUUACCAUGUCAAGUGGCAGCGCAAGUACAACGGGAUCGGUUACCGACCGAAGAGUAUUUUAGUAAAAGUGAUUUAAAAUUAAUGAGCACGGCAACACAAUUCGCAAUAAUUGCAUCUGAAGAGGCGCUAUCUAGUGCCAAAAUGCAACCUAAAGAAUUAACAGAAGAACAACGUGAACGAUUUGGUGUCUGUGUUGGCAUGGGUAUGUUUGAUCUGACAGAAGUGUAUGGAGCUUGGCAACAAUUGCAACGAGGUUAUAAUCGUGUUAGUCCAUUUUUUGUACCUCGUCUUCUUCCCAAUAUGGCAUGUGGUCAUAUAAGUAUGCGAUAUGGCUUGCGUGGUCCAAAUCACUCGGUAUCGACGGCAUGCGCAACAGGGGCGCAUGCAAUUGGUGAUGCACUACGUUUUAUACGCAACGGAGAUGCUGAUAUGAUAUUGGCAGGAAGUGGUGAAGCCUGCAUAGAUCCUCUUGCUAUAGCUGGAUUUUGUCGUUUACGUGCGCUCAGUACAACACAUAAUGAUACACCUACGACGUCAUCGCGUCCAUUUGAUAAAAAACGUGAUGGUUUUGUAAUGGGUGAAGGUGCAGCUAUACUCGUACUCGAAGAAUUGGAACAUGCACGUAAGCGUGGUGCACCAAUAUUAGCUGAGCUUCUGGGUUAUGGCUUGUCGGGUGAUGCUUACCAUAUUACAUCGCCUAGUGAAGAUGGCACAGGUGCUACUUUGGCAAUGCAACAUGCUAUAACGGAUGCAAGAAUCCUGCCUACGGAUAUAACCUAUGUCAAUGCACACGCCACGUCAACCCCAACAGGUGACCGUAUUGAAUCACAUGCUAUAGAAAGAGUCUUCGGUGAACAUGUAUCACAAGUGCGUGUGUCAUCAACAAAAGGUGCCCAUGGUCAUUUGCUUGGUGCAUCAGGAAAUUUAGAGACUGUCUUUGUUGUGCAAGCAUGUGUGGACAACAAACUACCGCCUUCUAUUAAUAUUGAGAACUUGGAUGAAGAUAUCAAAGUGUCAAUAGUGCAAAAUAAAUCUGAGCAAUGGUGCAAUAACACUGAGGUGUUGCGCAUAGCUUUAAAGAAUUCCUUUGGUUUCGGUGGAACAAAUGCGUCACUUUGCAUUGGGGAAUAUCGUGAAUAAACCGAAUAAUGCAUUUAUAUAUUAUUUUCUUCUGUAAAAUAAAAAUUUCUACUUCUACAUGCAAUAUAUAUAGGAAUAAAUUUUUCAAAAAUUAAAACUUAAUAAAUAUUUAUAUUUUAAAUAAGAAUUUACUGUUAUAGAAAAUUGUUUAAAUCAAGUUAAUAAAGCUACAAAAUUUUUUUUAGGAAAACUUUCACUUCUUACAAUUUAUUUGGAAAACUUCAGUAAAAAUAUGUACAUGUAUGUUUGUUUACGGUGAAGUAAAUUAAUUAAAGAUGUGUCUAUAUUUCAUAUAUAUAUUAUUUAUUAGACAUCGUUCUGCAAUGCUCUUCCUUUUGCUUAAAUUAUAAUAGUUAUUACUUUAAAUUUGUUUAUGGGUACCUCAAUUUAUAUGUUUACCCAUUUUCUCUUACUUAAUUAGUUGUAGUAAUCGCUUCAUGUGUGCCAAUUUGAGGGAAUGCUUUUAUAUGCAUAAUAGGUUUUUCUGCAUAUUUAUGGCUGUGUAUUAGAAGGUUUGAGUUUUUCAGCAAAGGAAUAAAGAUAUACCAAAAACAUACACACAUAUAUUCCUAUAUUAUUGUAUUAAAAUGUAAUUAUCUUGUUGUAUUUUUUAAUCAACAGCGAGUGUUGUAGUUCUAAGUGGGAUGUUUUCUGCAGUCUAUUGUAAUAGUGUGUAAUUACAGAUGUACAUAUGUUUGUAUACGUAUGUAUGUACAUACAUAAUUAUGUGUCGGCGAUGUCGCACAAAACAAAUCCUUCAUCAAAUGUAUGUGCAUAAAUAAAUAUAUGCAGGUGUACAUAUUAUUUUACUAUUACUGCCACUGUGAUCACUAUAUAAGUUAUAUAAAAACUCAAAACUGCAUAACUUUCAUCUCUAAUAUAAUAUUAUUUGGCUUUAUAUUAAGUGACCUUACUAGUUUGUAUCUUAAUAUGAAUUCACACUACAACAUCACUUCGAUGCGUUGGCUUUUUACACAGGCAUUUUCCAAGACCCAUUAGUAAAAAGAUAUAGUUCAAAUAAGUUAUUGCACUACCCAUUAUUGAAGUCAAAAUUUUUCUAUAAAUAUUAGCAAAAAGCACAAAUAGAGAAUAAACAGUAAUCAAUAUCAAGUCAAAUAAUCACGUUAUUGGCUUAAAGUAAAAUAUGUAUUUUGAUCGUAAUAUAAUUUGCUACUAUAAGAUAAAUGACUUCUUAAUCUUAUUUGAAUGUGCAAAGCCAUUCAUCAAAACCCAAGCUUUAACUCAAAUGUAGAAACUUUUCAUGAAAUCGUGGAGCUUUGUACUCAACUAAUUGAACGACAAUUAGAAAUGAUAAUUGGCGAUGAUUGACUUUUAAAUGGAUGUUCCUUUUGACAAUCAUACUUUCAUAAUAAAAAAAAGAAUUUGCUAAUAUCGCUUUUGUUGAUGUAACAGCAAUUAAACAUUCCACAAGUAGUACUAUUAUUCCUUAACUGGAUUAAACCGUUUUUAAUUCCGGUUAUGAAAACCCAACGGUCGCUUUUGAUAUGAGUUUUUUUUUGUUUUAUGGACAAAAGAUAAAUGAAUAAUGACAAAAAAAAAAUUUCAUUACAAAUGUGAAACGCAACUGCAAUAUAUCAAAAAAAGCUAAAU